AUGUCCGCCUCCGAGUCCGAAGCAGAGUCUACGUCCAGCGAAAAGGAAGUAUUGCAAAAUCCCGAGAAGAAACCGUCGACGAAGGAUAUGAUAAAAAUAGCGUUAACAGAACUACACAACCGAAAAGGUACGUCACUAUAUGCCAUUAAAACCUAUAUAAAGGAGAAAUACAAUAUAGACACAGAGAAAAACUCAAACCUGAUCAAGAAAUAUUUGAAAGCGGCAGUAGAAAGCGGAACUAUCCUUCAAACUAAAGGCACCGGUGCUACUGGGUCUUUCAAGCUAGCGAAACAGAAAGAGGAAAAAGAAAAGAAGCCCAAAAAACCAGCUAAAAAACCGGAAAAGCCGAAGACGAAGCCCGCUAAAGAAAGGCCAGAUAAAGCCCAGGAUAAACAAAAGAAAACCGAAAAGAAAACGAGGAAAGUUAAAAAGGAUGAGUUAAAUGAAACGCCAAAGACCAGUAACGAAGUUAAGAAAGAGAGAAAGGUAAAGGCGAAAAAGACUAAAGGCGCUAUUUUAGCGCUAGCUCAGAGUGACGCGAAAAAGCGUGCUUCCAUUAUAAAGAGGAAGAGCUUGGGUUCCAUCAUCAAAGCGCCGAAGAUGAAGCCGAAGAAGUGA